UGUGGUUGAGUGUAUGUGUGUUGUAUUUGUGUCUUCUUUUGCGCUUGACGGACCCCGGAGGACUUGGCUCUGCUAGGGGGCUCUGCUGGCCUGGUUACUCUGCUCCUAACCAAUAUGGCCGCCAGAGGUAAAUACGAAAACCUCCCAGGAAUUGAUAAUCAACAAGACGUAUUUGAGACGCCUGAUGUGGUUACCGAUGAAGACAAAAGUUCCCAGAAUGAUGAUGCUGACGAAAAUGUGGAAGUCCUAAGUGUUGAUACAAACCAAGCGUUCAAUAGAUUCCAGGGAAAGUAUCUGGAUUCAAGUGGGAUAGAUUUUUCUGAUGGAAUUGGGCUAAGAAAGAUAAAAGGCUACCGCACAAGAUCAGAAUAUGAGAUCAUAGGUGAUGCAAGUGAGAAGGAGACACCUGAACAAAAGUAUCAGCGACUACAGCAUGAGAUGAGGGAGCUUGCAGAAGAGCUUGAUCAAAUCAAGGGAACUGUGCAGGACGAGGAAGAAGAAAAAAAGCUUUCUCCAGUUGCCUUAGCUCAGGAGGUGAAAAUUCUGCAACAGCAGCUUCAUGAUCUUCACUUGGAGAAAGUUUUAGGGAAAAAGGUUUUGGAAAGUUCUUCUUCACCACAAGGUGGUUUGUCCCAACGCUUGCAGACACAGCUGGAAGCAUUUAAAUCACAUGAAAGCAUUAAAGCCAAGCCUCCAUCAAAGAGUGACUUUGUCACUUAUGAGUUGUACUACAAACCAGAGCAUGCAAAGUUCAAUCAGGUUUCUCAGCUCAGCGCACUGGAGAACAGGGUUCAGACAUUGGAGAAAGUACUUGGCCAUGACACAGAUAUGGUGUCUUCCAUCACUGCUGAUCUAGAAAUCAAAGAAAAAAGUCUCUUGUCUGCAGUGUCUGCUAUUCAAUCAAAGAUUGCUCUCUUGGACGCCAAUCACAUUGAGCAUAUUGAUGCAAGGCUACAGGGAGUACUUCACCAUGUGUCCCAGAUCUCUGAAAAAAAGAAUGAAGUCGAAAAUGCUGCCAAGCAGUCUAAGGUUUCUCAGUUGUAUGAUCAGCUCAAUAAAUGGGACACCGUCGUUGAUGUGGUACCAGAUGUGAUUGAUAGACUCCACUCUCUAAAAGCUUUGCAUCAACAAGCGAGUCAUUUCGGACAGACACUUGUUCAGUUGGACAAAGCUCAGCAGGAUGUGUCAAACCAGCUUCACACACAAGGCAGCCUUCUUAAAGAGGUUGAGGGAAACUUCAAGACGAAUCUGUCCGCCAUUGAAGAGAACUGUUCCAAGAUUGAUGCCCGAAUUGCCGCUCUGCUAGCUAAAGUCGACAAGCGAUGAGUAGUUUUAUAACCAUAGGAAAUAACUAGAUAUAUCUGUCAUCAUAUUAUUGAAAAGGAGAGGGUUGUGCCCGUGACUAGAGUUUUAGUGAAGAAAGUUAAAUUAUUGAUAUUCCUUUCUCGGGACUAUGGCUUUCAUCGUAGGGAUGAAUAUGUAGCAAAUUCUGCCAAAUUUCAUAAUUCUUUUGUCAGUCCUUUUUAUCCCCUACCGACAUCUUCUCUCCUCUCCCCUUUUUUCGGUUAUUAUCAUCGAUACCACCAAGCUAAGUCUUUAAACUUGAGCUGGUCACUUAUAUUUCCUGGCUUUAUAGCAAGAGAGUCCGUCUCACAAAACCCGGAUUAAGAACCAACUCACCCAUACGUCUGCGAAUUUUCGGUGGGAAGCUGAAAACCGACAAAAACAACCCUCUGGUGCGUCAGUGCGUCUGAAAUCCGAUGUAAUUUUCAGUAUGUUUUAUCAUGAUUGUCUUUGAGCAGUGUAUUACCCUCCUUGAAAUAUUUCCCUCUAUGCAUCAUUGAAAAUUUCGCGUGUCGCGAUCAAAGAAGCUGAUGAACGUCGUCGAAUCGAAAUUAUUAAAGUGUGUUCCAUAACCCCUUCUCUUUUCCUCAGUUGUUGUCAUUACCCCCCCCCCCCCUUGUCGUUGCAUCCAAAAGUGACUUUAUUGUCCUCGUUUAAAGUGGGGUAGCAGACCAAAGGAUCUAAAUAAAUGAAAAUAUGAUAUUUAUUGCUGAGAACUAUGCGUAUCGUGAAGUUUUAGAUCAUUUAUUAUUCACAAGGCAUGUGUAAUAAGCCGAUUAAUUAGCACCAAGACGAGCUAGCCGGCAAGAUGAACGUAGAUGAUAAACUAAUCUUCUUUUGAUCAUUGUCGCACUGCAAGUACUAGGUGAACACAGGGGCUAAAGGGGAAGAUGAAUUAGUUUGUGACGAGUUGUAGUAUUAACCAAACCAAUAAAGUCUGAAGGGACAAA